ACUCAUGUCAUGUCUACACUACGUCAGAGGUUAAAAACACGAAAAAAAAAGAACUGUCUAUGGUUGACGCCUUGAUUGACGCUAGUUGUAGAUUUUUCUUAAGAUUUACGGUUUUAUAUCGUUUUAGUAACCAUUCAAACUAAUUAUGAUCGAUGUUUCAACUAUUAUAAUUUAUUUCUGAAUUAAUUGUACAAAUGCUUUACCUCGUAAUCAAUUUAGAGCAUGAAGAUAGUGAUCGGAGCAGAAGCAUACCAAUUAUGUGCGUCUUUUAUAAUUUUACAUGUGCGUGAAUGAAAUGUCAGAAAUAUUACGCAUUUACAUAGAUUUCUUACUGUUUUGACCAUGUAAUGCCGCGUCAACGCGAAGACUUAGUUUUGCAUCACCGCGAAACCAACUUGCAAUUCAGUUGUAAUGAAACGAACAAAAGUGUAGUGUCGGUAGGUAGGUUUUGACAGCCGGCAGGCUCGUCGAGAGUGACUUACGGUUGGCUUCCUAUAAAAAUGAACAGUCGUAGUAGUGUAAAUGAAACGAAUUUGGUGAAUUUCUCGGCGGAUCUUUCAACAUUGAAUCAAUUGGAAACUAAAGACGGCCUGCUAAGUUUUCCUUUUGAUCAUAUAUACGCAUGUCACUCUGAAAGUUCAGAUCGCAGAUCGACCCUUACGCUCGACAAGGAGGUUGAAAUCACGACACAUUGUGUGGUUGCUGAAGAAAAGGAACUGGUCGUCAGUAGAAGCCCAGAUGUGACCAGACUCACUGAGCAGCUGUCAGCUUCUGAGGGUCAAAACAAGAGACUCAAAGAUCUCCUUGUAUAUCACUUGGACCUCAUACAACAACAGAACGAGCUGAUCACAAAACGGGACAAGUUAUACCAGGCUUUAAAACAAGAGAAUGACACACUUAAGUCCAAGCUGAGUCGCAUGGACAGGCGGCUGACGGUUAAUCAGAGACACUUUGCUAACCCCCCGCCUCUGGUGCAUGUGCCAUCCUCCAGUGUGACCAGUGUGACUUCAACCAUUGUCAAAAGUGAACCUAGCCCACCAUCACAGAUAAUGCUUAAUAGUUUUACGGAGCUCUUGUUGACAGAUAGUAGAACAAAUUCGUUUAUAUUUGAAAGUGAUAUCAACAAAGCAAAACCUUUUGCCCAGGAACCUUUUGAAAUUGCCAGGACUUCAGAAGCAGAUGUAAUUAGCUAUUUACCAGAUAAUUUGGGCGUCCCAACACUCCUGGAUACAAACCUCAGCUGCGAAAACUUCACAAUGAUUGAAAGUAAGCGUUCAUUUGUCAAAAAAGAAAUCAAGACUGAAAACCGGCCCGAGCCACUGUACACGGUUACAUCAAAUAGUGGAAAUCCGGUUAUACAAAGAAUACAGAGGAAUAGAAGAAGAACUACUUCUGGAAUUAGCAGCUUAAAUCGAAUGAAAAGUCCUGGAGCUAAAGUAGAGCCUGUAGAAAGUGCAAAAGUAUUGGAAGAGGAAAAACCAUUUGAGCGUAAUUUUAGUGUAAAUAAAAAGUCGAAAAUGAUCAACACAUAUGGGAAAUCCAAAAGUAAUUUUAAGAGAGCCAAUCAAUUCGGAUCCCUGUCGGACCGGCUGCAGCUGAUCGACACGACGCCCACCGGCGAGGACCCCUACCAGCUGGGCGAGGCCGACAUGCGCGAGCAGUCGCCCAUCCCCAAGCUCAUGCUGCAGAAGACCAACCACGGGCGCAUCAAGAUCUGCACCGAGACGGUGGCCGGCGGGCCCGCGCCCUCGCGCCGCAUCUACGAGCCGCCGCCCGACGCCGCCAAGCUCACCAACAAGCUGAAGCUGGACAACCGGUACAACCUCACCAACACCAACUACAUGCACCCCUCCGAACUGAAAGCGGAAACGUCGCCAAAGACGCUCAUUGUGGUCGAACCAGAUUUAGAUAUAGUUAAAACGGAACCCGAGAUCGACUGGCGGAUGUAUAAUCCAAACAAGCCCGGAAACGAGACGAGCCUAUGUGACUUUUCCUAUGGCGAGAAUCCCAAUAAUUUAGCAUCUAAUAUUUUGCCAUCGUUGGACGCCGUUGAAUUUCAAGAUUUAUUUUCAUCGGAUCCAUCUUUGAACUUGGACAGUCUGAACCCAAUAGACUUUAGCCCUACAACUUCUACUACCGACAAGAGCUCACCCGAUAAGUCUAAACGACGAGCGGGUCGAACUACAAGUCUCGUGGGACCUAAUACUUCAGUGGAAGAAGUAACGGCGGCGAGUAAACGUGGAGGUGACAGCAAACGUGGUAGAAAACGAGCCCUCUCCACAGGACUACUCAAAACGAAACGUGAAAAUCCUCCGAAAGGUCCCGCCAUACUCCCACCGACCAGUACAGCCUCCAAACCAAAGUUAGUUAAGGGAAAAUCCGUUUGCCGUGGCAAGAAAUCGCCGCUGCCAGGCAUGGUGACCAAGAAACCGUACCAUACGCUCGUGGGCGACCCGGACAUAUCGUGGUACCUCGGGUUGGACCCCGAGGUCAAACCUGAAGACGUGGAUCCUCCUGCUGACAGCAAAGUUUCCACCGUAGAGGUGCCGCGAUGGAGAGAGAAGCCCUACACGAGCACGUACACCUUAGAAGGGACAGAGAAUUUAGAUGACAAGGUUUUUGAAAAACGCCACCAGAAAUUAGAAGCCGAGGAGAGGCGGCAGCUCAGAUGGCACAUGAGGCGUAUCCGCGAGCAGCGGCACGUGGAGCGGCUGCGGCAGCGGCAGCGCGACCCGUGGGGCAGCGCGUCGCCCGCGCAGCCGCCCGCCACCUUCACCAUCUGGCCGCACACGCAGCGCGACGCGCGCUUCAUCGAGAUCACCGACACGCUGCCCGUCAUGGCCUUCGGCGAGAUACUCCCCGCCAUACCUCCGGCAGACUUCGUGUUACCUUGGGUGAGGUCUUCAAAGGCUUUAAAGAGAUCUAAAAGAUCCAAAACAUUGCAUUGAAGUGUCAGACUUAUAAAGCGUGUUAAAAAACUAUUAAAGUAUGAAUUAGUACAGACAAGGAGUCCUACUAGCAUACAAUGUAUGAUGGAAGUGUUAUGAUUUAAUCAGAGCUCAUGGGGACGGGUCAUUGUAAAGAUAACAGCACAGCAAGUUCGCUAAAUCUAAAUAUGAUAACGGUGGGUUGCCACUUAUCUUGUACAGUCAGCAGCAGAAGUGGCUAAAGCAGAAUAACACGUUCACAAUGAUCUAUACGGAACCUUAUUCUCUUUGACAUUUUAGAGUCCAUUGUGAGCAUUAAGACCGCGUAGCUACUUAUUCUGCUGCUGACUAUGUUCACAGAAUUUGCCAUUAAAUACAGUGACUUAUUAUAUUGUAAUAUGACACUGUUUUUAUUGACAAAAUGUUGAGCGUACAAUGUUCGUGUUUUAAACCAUAGAUAAGGUCUUUGGGUACAAUAAUUUUCUAAUAAAUUGCUUGCCUAGCUACACAACAUGCGCGGUACUCCGGUAGAUCAAUAACGGAAAGUUUCCACAUGUUUGAAUGUUAACGUUCGCUUGUAGUUAUUACAUGUCGUAAUUUUAAUAAGGGUAAUUAUUGUACCGAAAUCGUUAUCUGGAAUACCUAAUGCUUUAAUUUUGGUACGGACUGAGUAAUAAGUAGAUCUUAGUUAAAGGAUAUCGGGUGAAUACGGUGCUCGGGAGGAAACCGAUUGAUUUUAAUGAUGUAUCCAUAUUAAGAAACUAUCUCGUGUAAUAUAGUUAGGUAGGGCCUUUUUAUAUAUAUUUUUACGAUGACUUAUUGAAUAACUUGAUAACUUUUGUGUAUUUACACUAUAUUGUUUUGAUUUUUUAUGUGUUUUUAUAUUUUGUUUCUUAUGGCUUCAGAAAUGCAUAGUUAAAAUCUUUCAGGUUCCUCUCGAGUCCCCGUAUGUGUAAUGUGAUACGAAUAUCAUGGUGUUGUCACGUUUACUGAAUACGUGUUAAGAUGUACGGUGCGCUGUGAGUGUAUUUCCAAGUCGUGUAGGCCUGUUUCCAUAUGAGGUGUAUAUUGGGAUAAUGUCAUGACAAGUGAAGUAACCAUAUUGUGCAACUAUUACCUAUUAUAAGGUUUGCAAGAGAAAUAAGUAAUACGAUGCCAUUUCACUUAAUAACAUUAUUUUUAUUAUAAAUAAAAUAAAAGAAUAUUAGUCGUUUUUCCUGUGGGUAUGUUCCGAUUCAAGUUUGUAGUAAAAUAAUUUAUCUUGUUUAAAUGAUAAGUACCCUACUAAAGCAGAGUUAUUUCACAGUAUUAUCCUGAAACCAUAUUAAAUCGUACCUCAAUGGUAGGUUAUGUAGGCACUAGCCAAGUUCAAAUUAUAUUAAUUUUGGGAACGUCACUGCUAAGAGUUAUCACUGCGCACGAGUCCUUAUCAGCGUAACUUGAUAAUAUAAUACUUUUAUCUACUAAAAGCAGUUAACCAACCAAGUACCUAAUUAACAAACUUUACUUCUUGACUGUCAAAGCCAAUGAGCAUUCUGCGCUACGGUAUCUUUUAUUCCAUCACGUAAACGGCACUCAUACAACGUUACUCACGCGCAGUGGCGGAUUGGCAGUCUUUGCCGCCUUAAGCCCCAGGCCCUGUGGCCGCCCCUUUCUCAGCACCCAUAAUAUUGACUAUAUUUCGAGUUAUUUCUGGUUAUCAUCAUUUAAUGUUUCGUUACAAUUUUAUGUCUUAUCUUGCCGCCCUAGGCCCGGGCCUACUUGGCCUUAGGGCAAAUCCGCCGCUGCUCACGCAAUACUUCUCUGUCUAUGGGAUGGAGUCCUUUUAGUGUUUUAAGCAAUAUGGCUGAUAUCUGAUAUGGCAUAAUCUAAGAUGCGCCAAUUUGAUAGCCAUUGUAAACAGAAGACUCACACUACUCGCUUUACGUUUAUAUGAUAUCCUACUUAGUAUGUGAAGUACUAAAAUUAUUAAAUACAGGGCCUCGUUUAGUUUAUUUCAAUUAUUUGACCAAAAUUAUAUUAAUAUCAAAAUUAAGGGCUCAUUUAGACGAUGCGAGAACUCGCAUGCGAGUUUAAUUACAUUGCGGGUUUUGAUCAGUCGGUUGAAUUGGCGUAACCAACAGUCCGCAAUGUAACUAAAAUUGCAUGCGGUUUGCGCGCCGUCUAAAUCAGCCCUAAUGCUUUGUUUUGCUCCUUCGAGUUUUCGAUGUCCUCGUUAAAAGUCGGAUACUCGGGUAAACGUUCGAUCAACAUCAACCCUUCAGUUUUUGAUGGCCAAGCGUACGGCUUUGCUCAUGUAAACUAUAGUGAUGAAACGCGUGUAGAUGGAACCUUGUUGUUGUCCUAUAAUUUCUGCUAGUCAUAGUUUACCCGAAGAGACGAGGCAAAAACAUACAACCGACUUAAGAACCUUUUGAAAUAUUGAAGUUGUAAACAAGAUCUUAACAGGCCAAUAUAUCCAUUUAUAGUUUGUGUGUGGCAUGCGACAUUAACAUACCUACUUAAAUAUUAUUAACAUACACCGAUUCAAAUAACUUCAGUAAUAUUUUCCAUAUUAACUUAGGUUUUUUAUACGCGAUAUCCUACAUCUAAAUACCUAUAGAAUUUGUAUGCUUAUAAACCUGCAAUACUACAUAAUACCUUAGUAUACUUGACUCCAUUAUUAAUAAAGUCGAAUAAAGUACGCUUACAGAAAAUAUUGUUAUAUCUAUCUCCAUGUCCAAAUUGGAUAGAUUGCUAUUGCUGAUUUAUGCUAGAUAAUAGCGAAGUAAAAUGUAAGCAGUAAAGCCGGUUUACACUUGUAAGUACGAGUAAUACUUGAGUAAGAAGCACUAAUACCACUAUCUUCUAACUAAUAGCUUUGUGGGCCUACUUACUUACGCAAGUAAAACUUACAAGUGUACACGGCCUAAUAAUGACUGGUAAAUAAUUUGAAUUAGUUUAUUCUGCCAAAAAAAUAUUAAUUAUUUAGCCUGGAAUAAUCGAUCAAUGUUUAUGUGUGUACAUAGUUAUUGUGUUGUUAUUUUCUCUUUGUUAUCGUUGUUUUAAACAUGACAAGUAACUUUUAAUAUAGUAUUUGUAAAUAAUAUGUUUUAAUGACAUACAAUGUAAUAAUAUCGAAAUACAAAUAGUACGACACACAUAAUUUUACCUGAGUGGUUCGUUUGUACCUACAUUGAUGGCCCCCGAAACAUCAUAGAAGUAAUCGCCCAAGACCGAGAUUCAUACAUUAUUUACAUUUUAACUUUCCAACCAUGUUGGUUUUUAGCGUUCGAAUAACAAUCAAUUGACUGUCGCACUUUUAAGAAUAUAAUGAUAAUUCAAAUAAGUAUGAUAAUACAUGUAAAAGCCGCAGUAUUGAAACGCGUUCUCCGGCUUCUGACCCACAUCAAUAACGUAUCGCAUUCGUUUUUAAGCGGAAACUGGCCCUAUUUGCAUGUUUCAACCCUUGCGCGACCGGCGCGAUGCGAAAUUUAGCCAGGUAUCAUCGUUAUACUGUCUCACACUUUCAAUUAUAGAAUAGGCAAUUAUUGUGAUCUGUUAUUGUAAUAUUUUGUAUGCACGGGGGGAUGGAAAGUUACUGUUGUACGUAGGACAUUUUUUAAACAAUUAUCUUCCUUAAAAAUUAGGAUAUUUUUUACAUUCAUGACUCAGUAGCAACAUUAAAAUUUAAACCAUCGUGGAGACUAUUACUUAUCCGUGUACACAGGAUGUAAAUGUUAAACAUUUUUAUCCUUUCUCGCAAACAAAGUUGCCGCAAGCAGUAUAACUAUAGUACUUGAAUGGUCCGAUCGUAUUGUGCUAAGUUUUGGUUGUUAGUCGUCUUUGUGGAAUGUUGUAUUAUUUAUUACGGUGUUUAUUCGGUCGUUUUAUCAGGUCUAUUGGUGUUUAUUAUGCAAUGUAAUGUGGCGUCCCCCAUUUAUAAUGAAUUUCAUUUGAUGUUUUUGUAAAUUUUGCAAAUCUGUAAGAUUUCUGGUGAAUUUAGGUGUUUGUAUAUAAAUAAAAAUGUUUUUAGUUUUAUCUUGCGAGAUCUUAUUGGUCGACAUGUAA